CUCCCUCCGGCAUGAUAAACCCCAUUGCCUUCGCCACGCUCCUGCUGGCCGGCCUGUUUGGCCAUUUCCAGCCCGCCACCGCGGUGGGGAGAGCCUGCGACCCCGGAUCGCGUCCCUACUCGGCGUGGAUGACCGACAGCGUCAUUGCCCGACAAGAUGCGAUCCUCAGCGGCAAAACCGAAGACGACGUCUCCAUCGUCUUCAAGAUCGGUCUGUUCGAGUCGACGGUCAUCCGGCUGAAGGAAUACUACGAUGCCGACUCCUGCGGGAAGGAAGACUGGCAUAGCUAUCUGCUCGCGGGCGCGGAGAGUCUCAUCCCUCGAUUGCUGAACCUGACGGGGGACAUCGAUGCUCCCAUGGACGUCUUUGCCACGGGCGAGGCCAUCUAUCACCAGUACGACCGGGCCCACAACGCAACUUACAAGCAAGUCCUCGAUACGCUGUGGCAGGCACUCAACGACAGGCCCAGAAACUCGGAAGGUGGAUUCUGGUUCUACAAGAACUACCCCAACCUAAGCUAUCUCGACGAAAGCUACCCGCUCAGCUCCUUCUCUAGCAUCUGGAAAACCUACUUCGAGCCCACCAACACCACCAUCGCCGACACCCUGAUCAACGACCUCGACCUCCUCAAGAACCACUGCCACCACGACGACACCGGCCUCAUCGUCCACGGCUACGACGCCAGCAAAUCCGCCUCGUGGGCGAACGCCACCACCGGUGCCAGCCCGUACGUCUGGGACCGCGCCCUGGGAUGGUACCACAUGGCGCUGGUCGAUCUCCUCGAGAACGCCGACAAGAACGCCGUUCUCAGCCAGACGCAGCGGAACGACGUGUACACGAAGUUCUACAACCUCGCGAACACGAUCAUCAACGACGCGGAUAACGCGACCGGCUGCUGGUGGCAGGUCAUGGAGCACGGCGGCCAGAAAGGGAACUACAUCGAGACGAGCGGAUCGUCCAUGUUCGUGUACUCGCUUCUCAAGGGCGCCAGACUGGGAUAUCUGUCUGGCGCGACACCAAAGGGUGUGGGGUAUACGGACGCGGCGCACAAGUGCUACAACUAUCUGGUUGACCAUGUCGUGAGCAAGGAGGAAGACGGGACGUUGGGUCUGGACCAGACGGUGUCGGUUUGCAGUCUGACCACCCCGACUUAUGAGUACUACACCUCCCAGCCCAUCGACUACAACAGCGUCUAUGGCACCGCGCCAUUCAUCCUGGCCAGUUGGGAGCAUGAGAUGUUCCUCAGUGGGGAUUUUCCGUGAUGCGAUACUCAGCACACAUAUCAUACCUCCAACAACUGCAC